AUGUCUUCAACCGAUGCGUCAGAUACAGAGAAAAUACCUCUCCCCGGGGAGAGCCGAGUAGGGGAAGGUUACUUGUCCGGACUUACUUUAACUUUUGAUGACCUUGCGAUUGAGGUCGAAGGAGUUAGUGAGAGCUAUGUCUCAACAGUUUCAUCUGUUGUCACGGGCUUAUUGUCUUCAUUCAAAAAGAACAAGAAUCACAAAAGACAUAUCCUCCAGGGCGUGACAGGCCAAGUCCGGCCGGGAGAGAUGCUCCUAGUGCUUGGUAGGCCAGGGUCUGGGUGUACUUCUCUUCUCAAGGUGCUUGCGAACAUGCGACAGGAAUUUUCCCACGUCACUGGCAAGAUGAGCUACGGAAACAUCGAUCACCAAGCAGCCCACCGGUUCAGACAUCAAAUUGUUAUGAAUACAGAAGACGAUCAGCAUUUUCCUACUCUGUUAGUAUCGGAUGUUAUGAAAUUUGCGGUUAGUACCAAGGUGGCCAAGAAGAACCUAGAGUCAACAACAUCCAAAAUCGAACAUAUUGAGAACAAGACGACGGCAAUACUGGAUUCUUUAGGUAUAUCUCACGUAAUGGAGACCGCCGUUGGCGAUGAAUUCAUUCGUGGUGUAUCCGGAGGGGAGCGAAAACGUGUGUCUGUCGCUGAAGUCAUGGCUACCGAGGCAUUGGUUCAAUGUUGGGAUAACUCGACGAGAGGCUUAGACGCGAGUAACGCAUUCGACUUUGCCAGGGUCCUCAGACGAGUCACGGAUGAGCAAAACAAGACAAUGAUUGCAACCCUCUAUCAAGCCGGUAACGGUAUCUACAACCAAUUUGAUAAGGUUCUGGUACUCGCAGAAGGAAGGGAGAUUUAUUACGGACCUGCCUCCGAGGCCAAGUCUUAUUUCGAGAAGCUGGGCUUUCGAUGCCCACCUAGCGGGAACGUAGCGGACUUCUUAACUUCUGUUACGGUUCCGACGGAAAGAGAAAUACUUCCUGGCUUCGAAUCUACAGCACCUAAGACGACUGAGGACUUCGAACGAGCUUAUAAAUCCAGUGUUACCUACGAGAGUAUGAAGAAAUCAAUGGUGACUGAUACGCAACUUCUCGCAACUGAGGUUGAUAGGCUCGAUAAGAUCCGCAUGGACGAGAAGAAUCGAACAUUCCAUUUCCUUUCUCGAGACCACAGCGUUUACCAGGUCUCGCUGGCAAGACAGAUCUUGGCCUGUACAGCAAGACAGCUUCAAAUGAUAUGGGGAGAUCGCUGGUCGAACUCUCUCAAACUUGCCUCAAAUAUUAUUAUCGCCCUAAUUUCAGGAAGUCUCUUCUACAACCUCGCUCCUACCAGUGCUGCUACCUUCGAUCGAGCCGGGGCUCUCUUUUGGCCAAUUAUAUACCUCGGGUUGAACUGUCUUUCAGAGACGACAGCCUCGUUCAUGGGACGACCCAUCUUCUCCAGGCAUAAGUUGUUUGGCUUCGCACGACCGGCUGCUCAAGCAAUAGCCUGCACCCUCGCAGAUAUCCCUUUCACUAUUGUCGGCGUUAGUAUCUUCGAGAUCAUAUACUACUUUCUAGCAGGAUUUACCCUAGACGCCGGUAAAUUCUUCACCCAGUGGUUCAUCUAUAUUGUAUUUACGCUCUGCCUCCUAUCGUUUUACCGGAUGAUUGGUGCCUGGAACUCUCAUUUUGGAGUUGCUUCUCAGAUAGCUGGCUGGUGUACAAUGGUUAUCAUGGUAUACGCAGGAUAUCUUAUUCCGGUCCCGAAGAUGCAUCCAUGGUUCAGGUGGAUAGCAUAUAUUGACCCUGUGCAGUAUACCUUCGGGGCAUUAAUGGGCAGCGAGACCGGGGGACUGACACUUGAAUGUGUUGAACCCGAAUUCAUUCCGUACGGAGCUGAAUAUCAAGAUAUAUACCGUGGUUGCAGUGCGCCUGGAUCUACUCCUGGACAAUCUACAUACAGUGGCGCCGAGUUUCUAAAAGCCCAGUAUGGAGACUUCACACAACAUGUCUGGCGAAACGUUGGCAUCGUGAUCGCGUUUUGGGUCUUCUUCGCUAUCAUGGCUGCUCUUGGAUUUGAGUUGAACCUUCAACGCGGCGGUGGUUCCCAGAUUCUAUACGCAAAGAGGGCAUACCUGAAGUCCUUAUCCGAGAAACAAGACAUGGAGAAAGGAAUGAUUAAGGAGACUAGCGGCGACCCGACUGACAGUUCUGAAGAGGAGGAGCAAACCAAGAAUGGUACAGUGUUUACCUUCAGAGAUAUCAACUAUUUCGUCCACGCAGGUGGUUCUGAAAAACAGCUGCUCCAGAACGUUUCAGGAUAUGUUACACCAGGCAAGCUGGUAGCACUGAUGGGCAGCUCAGGUGCCGGGAAAACCACGCUCAUGGAUGUGCUCGCUCAACGGAAAGACUUCGGGACAGUCAAGGGCUCAAUCCUCAUCAACGGCAAACCUCAGGGAAUCAGUUUCCAGCGGGAUACCGGAUAUUGUGAACAAAACGAUGUCCAUGAAGUCACAGCAACUGUCAGAGAAGCCCUUCUUUUCUCCGCCAGAUUACGGCAACCUCACCAUGUACCAGACGCAGAAAAGGUUGCCUAUGUCGAAUACAUCAUGGCUCUGCUAGAGCUUUUCCCGCUUCAACAUGCUAUUAUCGGCUCACCCAACUCCGGUCUUUCAAUUGAACAGCGCAAAAGACUGACGAUUGCGACCGAGCUUGUUGCCAAGCCAUCACUCCUUUUCUUAGACGAGCCAACCUCGGGUCUUGACGGUCAAUCUGCGUAUGAGAUCUGCCGAUUUAUGAAAAAGCUGGCCGCCGCCGGACAGACAAUAAUAUGCACCAUUCACCAACCAUCUGGGGUCCUAUUUGAGACAUUCGACGUGCUCCUACUACUCGCCAAAGGGGGUCGUACUACUUAUUUCGGCGAGACAGGGAAGAACUCAUCAACUGUGUUAGACUAUUUUGCUCGUCACGGAGUCCCCUGCCCUGUAGAUGCAAACCCUGCAGAGCACAUCGUCGAUGUGGUCCAAGGCCGUUUCGGUACCGAAAUUGACUGGCCAGCGGAAUGGGAGGCAUCUGAAGAGAGACAAAAGUCUCUGGAAACACUAUCAGUGCUUGAACAAGUUCAGGGUCAUAUCCAUAACGGAACGAGCCAGGAAGAGGAAAAGAGCUUUGCUGCUCCUAUUCCAUACCAAAUCUCACAAGUUACUCGUCGCCAGCUUAUUUCGCUUUGGAGAAAUCCAGAUUAUGUUUGGAACAAGCUAGGCUUGCAUAUUACGAACGGUCUCUUCGCGGGUUUCACGUUCUGGAAGAUUGGAAACGGGUCGUUUGACGUGCAGCUUCGUCUCAUGUCUGUGUUCAAUUUUCUCUUCGUCGCUCCCGGAUGUAUCAAUCAGCUGCAACCUCUCUUCAUCCGGAAUCGGGACAUCUUCGAGACUAGGGAGAAGAAGUCGAAGACGUACAGUUGGAUUGCCUUCAUUUCUGCUCAGCUCCUGUCUGAGGUUUUCAUUUUGAUCGUCUGUGCCACUGUUUACUUUGUGAGUUGGUACUUCACUUCUGGAUUCCCGGUGAAAGCAAGCGUAUCGGGCCAGGUUUAUUUGCAAAUGAUUCUUUAUGAAUUUCUUUACACGUCCAUCGGCCAGGCUAUUGCAGCUUAUUCUCCGAACGCAUACUUUGCAGCACUUGCCAAUCCCAUCUUUGUUGGUAGCUUGAUUCAAUUCUGCGGCAUUCUGGUCCCCUAUUCUCGCAUCACCCCUUUCUGGCGAUACUGGUUCUACUAUCUGAAUCCAUUCACCUACCUUGUGGGCGGCUUGUUAGUUCCUGUCGUUUGGGACACGGAAGUAGUGUGUAAAGCUGGCGAGCUUACUACGAUCCCGCUACCCCCUGACACUACAUGCGGCGAAUACAUGAGCGACUUCCUAUCGCAAAAUGCUGGCUACAUUACGGAUGCGGGCAACACAACUACUUGUUCUUACUGUCCGUAUAGCACUGGCGCCGACUUCUUGCGGACGCUCAAUUUCGAGGAACGCUACUACGGCUGGAGAGACGUCGGCAUUACUGCCUUAUUCUGCAUCUCUUCUUACGCUCUCGUCUUCCUCAUGAUGCGUUUGAGGACCAAAGCGACGAAGACGGCUAAUUAG